AUCAAUCGAUGAAUCGAAGAAUCGGAAAUUGAAUCGGAGAUGGCAAGGAGAACCGGAGCGAGUGGGGGAAUCGGAGGGAACAAGAGGAAAGGUAAUGAGUCGGCGCUGACUCGGUCCGUGAAUGCAGUCUUUGACUUCCUGAGAUUCGCAGAGUUCGAGAUCCUAUUCGUUCUCUUCUUCGUCGUUGCUUUCAUCAUCUUCAAAGAUCUCACGUCAAGACCUGAAUACAAUCAAAUCCUUGUAAGGAAGCCUGGCGGGGGAGGUUGGUGGCCUUCCUAAAAGAUAUUAAAGAAAGAGUUUGGGUUCAAAUUAAGUACUUUAUCCAUGAAUGUAAAUUGCGUGAAGGGUUUACUACCAUGAGCUCGAGCUCGAGCUCGGCUUCUUAUUUGUUCCCUGAUUUUCUUUGCAUCUCUUUUUGUAUUUCCGCAUGAUCAAAUUUGAGGCUUCUCUUUUGUUUUUACAAUUUAAGUUUCCAGGAAUAGAUUUGUGUCUUGAUAUGCUUUGAUAUUAUUA